AUGCUCCAUCCUAUUCUUUUGGAUUUCAGGCGCAAGACGGGACGCUGCAUACGCCUACAGAGGGAGAAAGAGAUCGUUUCUGUGGACUCUGAGACAGGUGGCACAGAGGAAUUUGUUGUGAUGGAUCUCAUUUCGGUGACGAAAGAUAGGUUUGUCCUCGUCAUAGAGGCAAAGAAAGCUUCUCUUGGAAAAGCGAUAAAGCAGUGUUUGCUGGCAAUGAAAGAUAUGAAGGACAACAAUAGUUAUGGUAGCGGCAAUGGUGAUGGUGGCGGCGGUGGUGAUGGCGGCGGCGAGGUCUACGGAUUUGUUACAACAGGAGAAAGGUGGCGAAUGGUCAGAUACGAUGGUAGAUCUUUUGAGCUGACAGAGAAUAUGGACGUAUUAUUCGAUACAAUGGGCGAAGAUAAAGAGAGAUGGAUGAGGGACUAUUCCGCUCUGGUGGACUGUAUGGACGUCGCGUUGAGCAAUGGGUGCAGUGUACGGAAAGAUGUGGUCAACUAA